GGCAUGGCAUGGCAUGCAUUGAACCAGGGAGUGAGGCGGUGCGGUGCAGCGCAAAGCCAAGAGCUUAAGUAUCUGGCAGCUGUGGAGGAGGCAAACAACAAACAAAGAUCGAAUUAAUAGCCAACUAGCUUCGCUUCGUCUGCUGUCGGCCCGCAACAAAUACAGCUGGCAGAACUUCGCUGGCACGGUGGACAAACAUUUGUACAGUUUGGCGGCAGAUGGGUUGGCGCAAGCAUGGGAGGCACUAUAAAAGCCAGUUGAUGCGGCGACAGAUCAUCACAAACAUUUCCGGUGUUCUAGCACAAGCAUGUCAAACAAGUUCGCAUUGAUCUUUGCCCUGGCAGCCCUCUGCUGCCUGGCGGCCACAACUGAGGCAGCUGCUCAGCGACGCAACGGCCUGACACGCACGCCCAUCGAACAGGCGGAUGAGAUCAAGUCGACCGAUGUGGACAACCAAGAGGGGGACGAGCAGCAAAUCGAAGAGGAGGCCGAUCAGGAGGAGGAUAGCGAAAAGGCGGGCUCAAUCGCGGCGCAGUCCAACGAGCAUCGCAGCGCCGCCGUCGACUCUAAGCCAAAGCAAACUGUUGCUCAGCCCAGCAACGAGGAUGGCCGUGCCAGGCGUGUGAUCCGCAGGCGAGGUGGCAACCGUCGCAACAGGAGCAACCGCCGUCGUCGUGGUGGUCGUCGUCGUCGUGCUGGCCGCAGAAACCGUGCUGGAGUCCGUCGCACCGUCAGAAGGCGCUCGGGCCCACUGAGGGGCUAAACAGCCAAUUCCUCAAUCACUCAAUCAGACACGAAAACACACCGAUGUACUUAGGACAAUACAAUGCACACACACAC